AUGGUGCGAAUAAGCGCCUCCGGCCAUGUUGGGGCGGCUGCGCGGGAGUCGCGGCGCCGUCGAAAUUAUGUCGCCAAUUUGUCGGAGCCAACGCCGUCGCCCAUACAGCGCGGUGGGGUCAUCGGUGCUGCAUCGCCGUCCGAUAUGAGCCGGGAGGGGGGUGCGGGGAGCGAGGUGCUGUUACGUCAACGGGGAGCGGAAUUGGGAGGGGGGAGGGGCGGUGUGGACCUCCGAGAUGGUGGA